CGUGGGCUUAGGCUAAGUCUUAGCCUCGAUUCCCGAACGGCUAUACGCUCUAAGUAAUCGAGGCUACUUAAGUACCUCGAUUACCAGGCCGCACUAGCUAGUGGGAUGGAUAGCCUCGAAUCCUUGAUUAUACAGCCACAGUAAUGGCGAUCCCAUGCAACGUGCUACUGUUGCAUUUAUGUGCGUACAUAAUUCGUGUGCCCAUAUCACGCCAUAUCUACUGGCCAUGCCAGUGAAGGAAUUCUAGUGUAGCAUUUAAUACACUUGCACAAUUCAUUUCUUAUUCUCUGAGGUGCACUGAAGUCUGCUAUCUGAAGUCUGCUAUCUGCUAUCUGCUAUCGAUACGUGACAACGCUUUCAAAGCUCGCAGGAUUCAUAUAGCCCUAGAAUGGGUACGUGUGUAUCAACAGAGAAUGUUGUGCACCCCUCUACUGAAAAUGAAAUCAUCUCGAAUAUAGAAGCACCUGUGCUAGAAGAAGACUCGUUCUCAUCUCGCCCACCUUCCCAGGUCUCUCGCAUUUUUUGCACUCAGAAUCGAGAAUCCCUACUUCCGGCAGUAGAUCACCUCGUUGUGGUCGAUAUAGAGAACCUCGAUGAAGAUCGACUUGAUAUUACGGAAGUACCUGUGAUAGAACUAGACUCAUCCUUUUGUCACCCACCUUCCCAGCACUCUCAGCAGCUUAGAGAACCUAUAAUUCCAUCAGAAGAUCACCUCGAUACCGGACCUAUACAAGAUGAUGUGAAUCAUUUAGAAGCAACUUGCCAGGAGACUGCACCCAUGCUUGUAUCUAUCCACAAAGAAGAGAGAGAUGAAAUACAAGCAAUUCUUUUGGAGUGGGAAAGUGAGGGACGACUUCGAUCCAUCAUAAACUAUACUCGACAUGCCCUGUCAAGAGAAAUUCUUGAGAGCCUCACCACAUUAGCUAAUUACCUAACGGAGAGCACUGCAAGUUAUCUAGAAGAUCUUGCAGAUAAGAGUCCACACUACUCAGUACUUGCAAAAGCUUUUGCCAUUUAUGCUUGGAUAUGCUACGAAAGCAUGCCUUUUGACACUGAGCUUUGGGAACAGUACCUUUAUGAAAAAAAACUGUUCACCGUAUCCGAAUAUUUUGAGGGGAUGACAGCCAAAGAUGCUUUUACUGCAAAAAAAGCCGUCUGUGUCGGGUAUUCUGUUCUCUUUGCUGAAUUGGCCACAUUGGCUGGGAUUAGAGCCGAGGUGAUCACAGGGGAGAUAUCUCAUGUUCCCAAUCCAGCGCUAUCUGCCGAUGAAGCGAGAACCUCUACAGCUGUUUCUCAUACUUGGAAUGUGUUCGAUGUGGAAGGCGUCUGGGUCCCCGUCGACUGUACCUUUGGAGCAAACUAUCGUGACAAAUCGAUGAAGUUCCAACCCAACUACACUCGGCACUUUUUUGCCGCCACCCCCUCCACUUUCAUCCUCACCCAUUGGCCAGAUACGAAGGACUGGCAGCUGCUUGAAACCUCUGUCGAACGAGAAGCACUUGACCCGCUAGUUAUUCUCCCCUCGUGUGCAGCUGGUAGAGGAACACGUCCUCUAACUUGGAAACGAUCAAUUGUCGUGAGCGAAGAUCAGCACUCAACUGUCAUCGAAUUAACGGCCAAACCGUCACUGAGAAUAGGAGCUAAGCUUCUCUACAAGCAAGGUGGUACCGUGUACGUUGUGAUGGACAAGAAACACAUCUUAAUACAGCGAAACGAAGACGUAGUGUAUAUCCAUGCAGCAUUUCCUUGUAAGGGGGUAUACUCACUUUUGAUCACGAUAAAUCCAGCGAACACAGGAAAAGGUCAAGUUACACAAGUUUUCCUUUCCUACCACAUAAUGUGUAUGAGCGAAACAAGUCGGGAGAUCAGCUACCCCAAGGUGUAUCCAUUUCCUGCUUCAAAAUACAACUUCCGAUUUCUUUUCUGGAACCAGUCCCGCCCUGACUGUGUUUGUGAAAGUAAUUUCGAUCGGCUGAAUUUGGCGUUCAAGGCAAACCGUGGAAUGACCUUUUCACACUUUCUUAUUCGUGGGAAAACUCGAGACUCAAGGCCACAAGAUCACAGCGUUGUGUACAACUACAAUACGAUGGUUGUUACAGAAAUAGACACUGCUGACGAGAAACUGAGUCUGCAUAUGCUCAAAGUAGUGUUCCCUAUGAAAGGGUGGUGGACUAUCUGCUUGCUUGGAACGACAUUCAACCCAGACUUAGAAAUUCAACGUGGCUACGUUACAUUGAUGAGUUAUCAUGUGUACGCUCAUGAACAAGACUCAAUUUCCACUUUUCCCCGCAUCAUCUCACCACAGGUGUCUGCAUGCUGCUUCGAUUUGAUAUCCAGUGUCUCUGAAUCGAUUGACAUUCUAUUUACAACCACAAAGCCAUUGGUGGAAUUCCAAGCGUACCUUAUGGAAAAGAAGCCAAAUGCUCCUGAGCUGGAAUCUUACGUCCGGGUUGAGCUUGUCUCACUCGAUGCAAACCAGUACAAGCUCAUAGCCAUGUUCCCAAAACCUGGCCAUUGGUAUGUUCAUGUGUUUGGUCGUCCAGAGGAAGAAUUUCUUCCAGAGGAAGUUGAGGAAGAUUGUUCAGAAGCAGUUGAAGCAGAUCGUCCAGAGGCAGUUGAGGAAAAUCGCCCAGAGGCAGUUGAGGAAAAUCGUCCAGAAGCAGUUGAGGAAGACCGUCCAGAAGAAGUUGAGGAAGAUCGUCCAGAGGCAGUUGAGGAAGAUCUUUCACAGGAAAAUCCUCCAGAUGAAGAUGAUCCAGAUAAGCCCCGCAAAAUCCCUGGAGACAACCCCCACUGUGGGUUGUUUUCUCUUCUUGUGAAUGUUAAAACACCUAUGCAAGGUGCUCUGUCAGUCAUUCGCAGCUCCAAUCAAGUCAGUUUUCAAAACAAAGAAUACAUCACUUUUCCUGAUAACGGCAAGCCACUGAGGAUUGACUUCGAUUCCGAUAAAGAUGCACCUUUCCGGCACCGAGUUAUUCCAGAAGAUCGAGACGAAAAUAUAUUGAAAGAAUACGAAGGCCUGUCACUUUUGGAGCACUGUACAUACCUCGCCCCUCUCAGGCCAGCAGAAGCAUCUAUUCCCCUCUCAAUUGUGCGUCCGAUUUUACGGUCACUCCGAUCAGUAACCCAACAAGUGCUGCCCUACCAUCAGCUCAAAGGCACCACCUCUACGUACCGUGUGUAUGCUUCCUUUCCUUGGCCUGGGAUUUGGAAUGUGGCGGUUUUUGCUCCAACUCCUGGCAGUGCUGAUUACUCAUUGGCCUUUCACGUUACUGUGGAAGUAACCAAGCCAUCGAGAGGAGUUUGCUAUCCCUUCAUCUAUGAGGAAUUUAUUCAGCUUGGCAUGCGCAUACCGAUAGAAUCUAUCUGCUACAAUCCCAUCUCCACUGAAUCAGCAGAUUUUGAACUCCCUUUCAAUGCCCCAGAUGAUAUUCAAUUUACCUGGAAUAUUGAAGUUGCCGGUAGUGAUAACUGCUAUAAGAAACAAGGCUUUGUCCAUCAGCUUGGAAACAGAUCUUCAAGCCACAUCUUUCGACUGUCGUUUUCAACCCCUGGCAUCUGGAGAGCAGUACUCUUUGCCAAAAAGUUUACUACACCUGAGGAAGACAUCUACAAACAUAUCCUCGAGAUCUCUCUUUUGGUCAACACGGUUGACAGAGAUGUAGCUUUUCCUGAGAUCUUCCCAGCCUUCAAGAAGUACGGCUUAAGUAUUGCAAGAGUGGAUCUUCCUUUUCUCUCUCGUGUACAAGAUACUCCCAUUACAGUCGUACUUCCGCUGUAUUGUCAGGAUUAUGUGAAAUUUUUUCAUCGAUUCGAUUGUGCUGAAAAGACCGAAGAAAAAAAGAUGUUGCUGCCGCAGACUCAGAUGUUACAGUAUCCAGAUCUAGAAUCUGCACGUUAUGAAAUUCGUAUUGAGAUCGCUGAACCUGGAACAUACAAGAUACAGCUCGGGGCACAAUGGAUGGACUGUGAAGAAAACGACUACGAACCUGUGCUCACGCAUGUCAUUACCUGCACCACUGAGAACUGAGAACUGAGAACUGGACGCUAUUAAUUUAAGUGUAUGUUUAAUUGUAGAUCUUGAUAGUUAAUUUUUUGCACUGUUGUACAAUUCAAAUUACUUACAACGCAAAUUUAAU